UGUAGGCCUUGAAAGGCUAAACCAGUCUAUAAUAUUUUUGGUUGUUUGCUGAACUAUUCUCAAAAUAAUAAUAAUGUUGAACACAUUUAAAAGAAAACUAUAUAAUGGUACUCAUUAGUAAAUCUAAUGUAAGGAUUUGCAUGAGGCAUAUUACAUAGCAGGAGUUUCUAUAUCACAUAGUUUACAAAUAUGGCGAUGAUACCGGAGCAACAACUGGAUAAUCUCAUAAGAUCCUCUAUGUUUACCUUUGGGAGCAGUUGAAAGUCCCAUGGAUACCGCCGUAUUGUCAAAGAGGAAGAAAAUCAUGUAGCACUUACUGAUGUAGGAGUUCUGUAGACUUGAUUUGGCAAAGGUGAUGACUUACAGCUGACAGAAGAACUUUAUUUUACAAUCUGUGACAAUGGCUGCCCAAGGCUGGCAGGAUGGCUACCCCAAUCUUCAGCCUCCCCCGGCACCUCCACGUCGCAGAUCUCCAGUGGAUGCUUCCAUAAUAUCAUCUUCGGGCACUCAUCCCACCGCAGCGCAGCCACCAAUACCCAAACAGAGGACUACUGUGAAGUUUAAGUCUGCUGAAGGAGUCGAAGGUGCUGGUGGUGGUAACACUAGUGGCAGUGAAGUUAGUUCAUCUCGCAGCAGACCAGAGCUCCUCAAAACGAGCUCUUUAUUUACAGGGGACAGUGCAGUAUCAGAAUAUGGUAUUGAUGAUUUGCCACGGCCACAUUCAGUGCAUGUUCCCAGCAGCUCAGGCUUUAUGGCUGAUCUACAAGGUAUAGAUUUUAGCAGCUCUUUACAACGUAAUAUGUUUGGCACCAGUGGCAGCCUCUCAUCGCAGAACCAUUUAAGUUCUUCUUUAGAAGAUCUUGUGUCCAAGCCAAUGGAGUCAGGGUAUCCAGACAUCAGUAGUGCCUUUCGGGAACUCAGGUCAGAGAUGGUGACCCCAAAUAUGAUGGUAGCACCUCCUAACUAUGCUCCUCCAGGUAAAAUAUUUCCCAGCUACAAUUCUUCAAGUGGAGGAAUUGGCUAUGGGUGGAAUCCCUGUCUUUUAGAGCCACAAGCCAACACCCCUUUUAUAGUUCCAAACAACUUGAUGACACCAUCAGGCAGUAGCACUGGGUCUACUGCUGGUGGGGUUUCCCCGGGAUUGUCAUCUUUUCAAGGGAAUGGAAGUUACUCUGGACAAGGUUACCCUGGAAAUCUUUCUAGUCAGCCCAGCACUAAUGUUCUGGGACAGACAGCUUUAGGAGGCCCUUUCCAUGGUGGUAUACUGGGGGGACAAAUGAAUGAAAACAGUCCCUCAUACACUCUCUUUCCGCAAAUGCAGUCAGGGUUGACACGAGCAGCCAGCUGGACCAAUAUUCAUGAUUACAGUAAACCAAGCAAAAACGAUAUUGGGAUCAGUAUAGAAGACAGUGUUUUGCCACAGCCUCAGUGUCAAGAAGAAACUGAGGAAGCUGGCUCAAAUGUUGACCUUAUUAAUCUUCAGCAAGGAUUUCCAGAACAUGAGUAUCUUUCAUUAGAUUUCUUUGACCCUCUAUAUGAACGUGGGCGCAAACAAUCCAUUGAAGUCCAAAACCAAAAUGGUGCUUUAAACUAUUCAAUGGGUGAGGCCUUUUCAGGGUUUUACCAAGAGAAAGGACCUGAUCCAGCUUUGCGACGGCAUCAGCGGCGGACUUUCGCAUGAAAUCUGGGGUGUUUCCACAUCUCAACAACUAGAAAACAGGCCACAGAAAAAGCAUGAGAGCAUUGGUAACUAUCAAUGUGCCAUUGGUUUUGAGACCUUAGCCUUAGAAAUGUUUGGAACUUCAGAUGAAGAGUUUCUUCAAAGCAAAAAUGUCCUAACAACCAGCAAUAUAGAGCCAACGAACUGGCAACCCCAUAGCAGACCAGAUCGACCACCUGCUCACAUGAGGACCUCAGAACAGACUUCACGCUAUGAAAAACUCCGGAAGAGGACAUUUAUUGACCCAGAAGCUGAUGCUUUUUGUCAAAUGGUGGCUGAACUUAAAAAGAAAUAUACUUCAAAAGAUGAAAAGACCAACCUUGGAUGCUUGCUGAGUCCAGUUCACACAAACCAUACCCCAUCAACGCAGAUCAAAGUGGUUAUUCACAUCCCUUUUGAUUCUGAUCCCGUUUCUUUCACUUGUGACACCAAUACCCUUGUGGAGCAUGUGAUCAGCCAGGUGUUAUACAGCGCCUCACCAGUUCAUGGCAGACAACAAACUGCAGAUGACUUUUUCCUGAAGGUGUAUGACAGGACAGAGUAUCUAAGCAAUGACCAGGCUUUAUCUAAGUUUGAGUAUAUUCACCACUGUCUGAAACUGGAUCAGGAUGUCACAUUUGAGAUGGUUACACGAGAGCAAGUGAUGAGACCUUUUAUAAGAACGGUGGAUGAUGAUGCUCAGAUGUUGUACUUCCCUCGAGAAUACAUUAAAACUGAUGAUGAGGCUGUAUCAAAAGAAUCACUGGACAUCCUUCUUGAGAACUUCUAUGAGGCAGUUGACCAGCUGAGUGACAAAGUGAUGCAAAGUCAGACUGAUUACAGCCUGGUGCAGGGUGUGAGACAGUCAGUAAGGGCCAUCUGUGCUGCUCUGGCCAACAUUGAGACCAUCGAUGUUGUUAAGUCAGUCGAUCGGCUUGAACGGGUGGUAGCUGACAUGGUUAGUCCUAAGAAUCGUGCUGUUAAGAUCAUGGGAGGCAGCACUGAUGCAGAUACUAUUGAUGCCAUUAAUGUAGCCAUUCGCUGCUCUUUUGUUGAGGAGUUACAAGAAGUGGUAGAUCAAGUGGUGGCAGCUGUGCGACAGCUGGUACGCAUGUACUGCCAAGCAUACCACACUGAUUUCUUCUUGGGAUGUUCUAUAGAGAUUCCACAUGACCAAACAGAAGUGACAAGUAUACGGGACAGCUUUAUUGUUAACAUCGCAACUGCACAUCGACUUCCAGAGUCUGUACAAACUCAAUAUGAUGAGUUCAAAGUUGUGUGCACCCUGUACCACGGAACACACAGACUUUAUGCAGAUGGGGUUACUUCUUGUCAGCCUCUCAACACAGAAGGCCUCUGUCAACGGGUGGUCUGGGAUGAAUGGUUGCAGUUUGAACUUCCUCUGUGUAAGUUGCCAAGGGAGAUGCGACUGUGUCUGACAUUAUGUGGAAUACGAGUCUCACAAGGAGAAAAUAGAGUAGCUGAUAAAAAUCAAGGAGCUGAUACUAUCACCAAGGAAAAGAUAAUUAUGCCUAUAGGUGCUGCAGCCAUCCAGCUUUAUAGCCAGAGAGGACACCUCCUACAAGGUAAACACUUGGUCCCACUGACCAUGGGAAUAGCAGCAGAUCCCACUAUGCCUUCCUGCAAGACGCUACUUCCAGAUUCCAUCCUUUUACAGGUAAAUCUACCAGACUUUGAGAAGACUAUAUACUUCCCUCCUGUGGUGAAGAUGGCUACUAUCCCUGGCAAAUCAUUUGAUCAACUGAUACCAGAGAUACAGACCAGCAUCAGUGACAUUUUGGAGAAAGAUUACACUGCAACGUUAACAGCUGAAGAGAUGGAGCUGGUGUGGAGGUAUCGACACUACCUGUACACCAAGCCUCGAGUUUUGCCACGAAUUCUGCAAGCCAAAGCUCACCAUGGGUGGGACUGGAACAGUCUGGUUGAUCUGACCUCCUUGCUGCAAGCUUGGCCAGUGUUGCAUCCCACACAGGCUUUUGAGCUGCUGCUGCCACAAUACCCAGACCUGGCUGUUAGGGAGUUUGCAGUUGACAGUCUAGGUCGUCUUCCUGCGGAUGAACUUGUACAUUUUCUACCACAGUUAAUACAGGCACUGAAAUUUGAGAGCUACCACAACUCACCGCUAGCGUGCCUUUUGCUAGAGACCUCUUUUAAGAGUAUUCGUUUUGCCCAUCAUUUCUUCUGGCUGCUCAAGGGUGUGGCAGGUCAAGAUGCAACUUUCAAGCGCCGAUACGAACUCAUGUUUGUGGCAUUGGCAAGUGUGGCUGGAGACACCUUGUACCAGGAGUUUCACAAGCAAGAGGACCUGGUCAAGAUUCUCACCUCUGUGGCUGAAAAAGUCAAAAAUGCCAAAGACAAAGAUAAAAUAUUGAAAGCAGAGCUGCAAGGAAUGUAUGAGUUUCUUGAGGGAAAAGGGAGAGUACUACUUCCUUACAACCCGAGCAUAGAAGUAACUGGUGUUGACAUGAAGUCAUGUUCCUAUUUCACUUCAAAUGCUUUCCCUUUGAAGCUUGUGUUUUUGAACUCCAACCCAAAGGCAGACCCAGUUUAUGUCAUGUUUAAGGUUGGGGAUGACCUUCGCCAAGAUAUGCUGACUUUACAGAUCAUUCGUAUCAUGGACAUGUUAUGGCUACAGGAAGGGCUGGAUCUAAAGAUGAUAACAUUUUCCUGCCUGGCCACAGGGCCUAAGCGAGGUGUGGUGGAGCUUAUAACAGAAUCGGAGACUCUGCGAAAAAUCCAGGUGUUCAGCGGGGUUACAGGGUCUUUCAAAGACCGACCCAUUAAGGAAUGGUUGCAGAAACACAACCCCACUGAACUAGAGUAUAAUAAAGCUGUGGAAAAUUUCAUGCUUUCCUGUGCCGGCUAUUGUGUGGCAACCUACGUGCUGGGAAUUGGAGACCGUCACAAUGACAACAUCAUGCUCAAACAGUCUGGUCAUAUGUUCCAUAUUGACUUCUCAAAAUUCCUUGGUGAUGUACAGAUGUUUGGAAACAUCAAACGUGAUCGGGUGCCAUUUGUGCUCACAUCAGACAUGGCCUAUGUCAUAAACGAUGGUGGUCGGCAAGGUAAUCGCUUCCAGCAGUUUAUAGAUGUGUGCUGCCAUUCUUUCAACAUAUUGCGACAGCAUGGAGACCUCUUUCGAAAUCUAUUUCUCCUGAUGGCCAGAUCAGGGAUUCCUGGUGUCACAGAGCAAGCAGUCACCUACAUCCAAAAGGCCUUAUUGCCAGGACUAACCAAUGCUCAGGCCUCAGCCAUGUUUACUCGCAUGAUUGAAGAAAGUUUGAAGUCUGUCUUCACACAGUUUAACUUUUUCAUCCACAACUUGGCCCAGCUUAAGUUCUCAUCGCACAAUGAAGGAGCACUUCUCUCAUUUGUGCCGAAGACCUACAGUUUGCAGACAGAUGGACGAAUAAAUAAGGUGGAAGUGCACGGCUUUCAGAAACGUUACACACCAGAGAGACACUAUAUUUAUAUUCUGCGUGUGGAACGUGAAGGGCAGCGUGUUCCAACUUAUGUCUUCCGACAUUUUUCUGAAUUUGUGGAGUUUCGGGACAAACUGGCAACCAUGUUUCCUCUGGUUACUUGGAUCAACUUCUCUACACGAGUGGUGUUAGGGAGAAGCAGCAUACGGACUGUAGCUGAGAGCCGUAAAGUUGAGAUAGAGAGUCUGCUGAAGGAGCUGUUCAGUAAAGCUACUGAAAUAUCUCAGUGUGACUUGGUCUACACCUUCUUUCACCCUUUGCUUCGUGAUGAACAAGAAGCUGAUCAGUCCAAAUUAGGUGUGCCCAAGUUAAGAGAGAACAACCCAGUGCUAAUAGCACCAGCACCAUCUGGAAAUACAGGCAUUCAGGGGGAGAUAAGGUUAUCAGUUCAGUACAAGCAUGAGGCAUUGCAGGUCAUGGUCAUGCAUGUGAGAAAUCUGGCUCGAGGCAAUGAACUGCCAAGCCCCUAUGUCAAAACCUAUCUCUUACCUGACCCUGAUAAACAGACCAAGCGUAAGACUAAAACUAUCAAGAACACUGUGCAUCCAACCUUCAAUGAAGUGUUGCAGUACAAAAUGAAGGAGGGAGAACUGCGACAUCGAACACUACAGGUCACUGUUUGGGACCAUGUGUUAGGGGAGAACAACUUUCUUGGUGCUGUGUACAUCAAACUGCGAGACCUAAAUCUGUGCAUGGAAACAAUCAAGUGGUACCCACUGCAAAAGCUUCAGCACACCGGCUUAGCAUAGUUUGUGUACUGCUGAGUGGUCUGAGUUUCAAUACUAAAUUGAUCUUGAAUAGUUUGUAUAUGUUUGAGUGAACUUGGAUGGACUGCAAAGUCAGGAAUGAAUUUCAGAUAUUUGAUAUAAUGCUGAGAGUAAUGUGAAUGAUUAGUAUAAUGCUGGAUAGAUAUGAUGCAUGCCGGUUUCACCCUGAUGAUGAGUUUCUUGACCAUUUUUAGCAUUAUUUAUUAAGAAUUAUUAACAGAAGCAGAUAUUGACAGCAGAAGGCCAAAAUAGAAUGAAAAAUGUAACCACUGAAAAUGUAACGAAUGAAAGUAUACUCGAUAAAGCAACCACAGCUUUUUUUUUUACCAAAGCCCAAAAUCUUUGCCUUAGGAUAAUGCGUGAUAUCGAUACAAAAACAUUUAAUAAUUUUACAAGAAUUUUGAAGAUGGAUGUUUUGCAAAAUGAAGGGAGACAGGAAAUAUAUGUUGAGGGGGAAACAUUUGAUAUUCCUGAGUGAAAUGGUGUGUGUGUGGUUUCUUUAAGACAAAAAAGAAAAAAAAAAUGGGGGCAAAGGAGAGACUUGGGUUUUAAGACCAUCCUUCAAAGCCUUGCAGAAUGUAAGCUGUAAAGGCUGCAACCAGAAUGAGAACUGUGAAUCACAUAUAUGAGGCAAUGCCAUGACAGCUAGUUUAGACUAGUGACAUUAUGAGAAAUAGAAACUUAAUUAAGUAUUUCCUGAAAAAUGGAUGCAAAUGUAUUGAGGCUCAAAAGCUGCUUAGAAAAUUAUGUCAUUUACUCAGAUUUUGAGAAGUAUUAUCAUGUAAGAAAAUAAUCUUAGUUAUUUAGAACGUAAGUUUGCAUUUGAUUUAGCAUUUAAAGUAAUCUUCAUAUGAAAUGCACUUCCUCCUAUUCUGUCCAUAAAAUAUAUUCAGAUGAAGUGCAAAAGAGUUGGUAAUGAUUAAGAACCAGAUGGCAAGUUUCGGUACCUGUUACCCUGUUGCAGGGUAUUCUCAGCGGUGUCCUGUGCUCUAAGUUCAGUGGCCCAUACCAGUGGAAUUGAUCAUCAAAAUGUUCAUGGGACCACCAUAAAAACACAAGCACUGAUGUUUCUUUCAUUAAUGUUGUAGGUGUUUAUUGUAACAUCAUCAUUGUUGGUAUUAUUUUUGCCAUUAACAGUAGUCAGAGUGACUUUAAUUUUUGUGCAAUGAAGACUGAAGAGAUGAGAGAAGUAACAGUGUUUUACUGUUUUGGGGUUUGUUUGUUUUUUUUAUAUGGGGGUUGAGACUGGGAAUCAGACUUUACAAAUAUACAUGCAUUUUGGAGGGUUCAAAUAAGAUUUUUAAGAGAUAUUUCUUGUUUCAUUGUUCACUUCAGUUUGUGUUCUGAGAACUGAAAGUACCUGUGAGUUUUUAUGUAGGGAAAUAUUCAUUGUUGUUGAGACUCUAAGAACUUUAUUGUAUAUCAGAGAAAGCUACACUUGACGAGGAGUUCAAACAGCAGCUAAUGUAACCGGACUGAGUAUGAGUGAUACAAAACAUGAUCUGGGGGGAGGGAGAAGAUAAGAAUGCUUAUCCAUCUCUUCUUCCCAAGGACAAGGACAUAGAAGCAGAGCAAGGUGCAAAUGCCACAGUGAGGGCUAUGUUACCAUCAUCUACAUGCUUGUGUCUUUUUGUAUAAUUGUUGCAGCAGAAUCUUUAUAAAGCAUUUGACCAGACUAAGAACAAACAUGUAAACAAUUCUUUGGAGCAAUGUUGUGCAUAUCUGUACUGUUUUUUUUAAUAUUUUCAGGUAACCUUAUGUAUUUUUCUGGUUUAAUUAUUUACCAACGCCUGUAAGGGUGGAAACAUUUUGACAAGAUCUUUUUAUGUAAUAAUAAUAAUGCAAUUAAUUUAUAUAGGUAUCCAGGUUCUAUGGACAGGCUCAUGGCACUUUACAACUCCCCCCAAAAAACAACAACCAAAAAACACAGACACAGACUGGCUGCAAGUGUUUCUGACCACACCACAGUUCCAGUCAUAGAAUGAUAAGUUUCUUUGGCUGCUCAUUGGGUUGCCUGCAGAAUGCCUAUUUAAAAAAACUGAAAUAAGUUCACGAGCCAUCAGAAGAGAAGCAGUGCAAAUCCACCGAUAUAAUAGCAUGUAGAGUCAAGGCACUCAACUGUUCAUCAUCUUUCACAGAUGAUUUUUUCACAGAUUAGCAUGUGCAAGAAGAACAGAUCAAAAGCUUGUAGUUCAGACCCGCAAUGUCAGUGUUAAUUUAGGAGGAAAGCAGAUCAAUGUAUAUCUGGAAAUAGUUCUUGUCCAUAAAGAAAAUCAUAAUAGGUAUGCUAGGAUCAAUAUAGAACUGGAAUUAGUUCUUUUUGAGAUAACAAAUCUUCGUAGAUAAGCUAUGAUCUACAUGAUUACGUAGAAAAUGCAAAAUCUAUAAUUGUAGAUCAAACAGUAGGUCUAACUGGAGUUGGAGAGAGAUACAGUGAAACCCAAAUAAUUGUUGUGUACAACAAAGUCAGUUAUAAUGAAAAUAACUCCAAUGAGAGGUUAAUGUGGGUUCCACACAUACAAAACACUGAUGCUGAAAAGUAAUGGCUGACACUGGCAACGCUCCGAACAAUUGUUGAAGAAUAAAACUGCAUGAUUCCUACGGUCGAUCAUGAUCACAAAAACACAGCAGAAACUAAAGCUCGAGUCGGUGAUGAACUCAGAGACAAACUGCAUCUCAAUGAAAGUUACAACCAAGUAUAGCAAGAAACAACUUGGGAGCAGGAGAGCUGUCAUACCAGCUAGGCGCAGCCUUGUUCUUCAUUAUGUUGCACUGUUUUUUAAAAAAAAAAACUUUUUGUUAUCUGUGUGUGUUUAUGUUGGUGGGGGUUGGGGGAGGGGAUAGUGUUGGGGAACAGGAAGAAGGCAAACCACACACGUGUACCUGUGCAUGUGCAUACACAGUCAACUAUACAGAACUGUGCAUGUGUUUCUUCUGUUCUAAAAGCAAAGGUAAUUUUGAUUUUAUUUGCAUCAUUCAACUAUUUAAACCUGGAUUGUUUUUUUAAUAUAUACUACAGACGUUGCUAUGGCUUGUAUUCUAAAAUAGCUGCAUCUAUCUUUCAUGCUACACAUGCUUAGAAAUUUUUUGCAUAUAUAUUUUUAAUAUAUAUUGAUACUUUUUACUUUAGGCAGUAAUGAUAAAGAAUUUCCAUAAAAAUUAUACAUUUUUUCCAGUUGUUUGAAACUAAAAUUUGUGAGUACUUUAUUUACUCAAAAUUUGUUGUGUCAUAACCUCUUCUCAAAAAAAAAAAAAAAGCCUUUUAGCAGUGUUGAAAACCAAGCUUUCAGGUUAUACAAAUGGAGAUGCAUUACAUGUCCUGCAUGAUAUUGCCAUCAGACUGUUCUUCUUAUGUGACUUUGCAUAUAUGGAUGGCAAAUAAAGUAAUAGCGCAUUUUUUAUUUUUGCAGUUUAUAGAGCAGGUUAAAUUAAAAAGUUUACGUUUUAUGAAAAAAAGGGCUGUUUAGUUCUCAGCUUUUGUUAGGUUGUAGUUGUAUAUUUCAAGCAAAAUGGCUAAUAGGCAGAGUCGAUGUGUGGAAUUUACGUUUUCAUUUUACAGACUUCUAUUUUGUAAAUACUGCAGUAUAGGCUGAUAAAGUGGCAAAAGUAUUUGUAAGACUGACAACAACAUUGUUUAUUACUGUUGUAGUCUUGUAGACUAUGCAAUGUAGGAAAGGUGCUCUGGCAUUUUUUUAUGGUUUUAAUAUACCAUUACAUAGCAGGUGCAUGUAUGUGUUAUGAACUACAUCGACUGGUUAAAUUUUGUAGUUGGCAUGUGCAUAAUAACAUUUUGUGGACAAUCUGCCAUCCAUCCUGCUAUACAUCCUGUAUACAUGUGUGUGUGAGUGCAUGUUUGAGAGAGAGCUUAAACCUUAGAGCUACAGCUGAUGCCAUCAUAUUCUAAUUUAUGUACAUGUAUUGGGGAGGGACUUGGAGUGGAAGUGUCAUUCUCUGUUGUAUAUACAUAGCACUCAUUAUUACAUAUAUCAACAUAAUUUACAAGUGUGUUUAUAUAUAUUCUGUAAAUGUUUAUGCAUCCUUCUAGUGUCAUUCACAAUCCAUGCAUUGCUCACACUGACUGGUUUUUGCCACAGUUUUACAAGGGUUUAGGGUCUUUCCAGUGUUGCACUGCAAUACUUUAAUGGCAGAUGGCUUCCUAAAGGUACAGCUCCCAUGAUGUUUUGGGAUUUAUUGCAUUUACCUUGAUUCAUUGUUAAAUAGAGCUUAUUUUCUUUAAUGUCUACAUCAAACAUUGUGACAUCAACAGCUUUAUUUCAGUGAGGUUUUAACAGCAUGUAUAUGGCCUGGUUAAGUCUGUGUGUUCAUGACUUAAAAAUUCUGAUGCUGUAAACUGCUGUAUCUGCAGUAGAUAUUGACAUAAAUGGCUAACACAAGGUGAUCGAUUUCUUGGUUUUAGAUACAGGGCAAGUUAAAUUUAUUUGUUUUUGCUUUGUUUUUGCUCUGAUUUUAAUCUUAAAGAAAGAAACUGUAAACAAAAAUCCUUUUAGCACGUUUAUCUUGUUGGGAUAACAAGUUGUCUGAUGGAAGAGAGAGGGUAUCCAUACCAGGAGCUUUUAUCUGGGAAGAAAAUAAUUUUAAUAUUUUGUUCAUGUUUGGGAUGAUGAGGCCAGAUUUGCCCCAUCUGUGUGGAUGCCUAGUGCAGGCUCCUGCUUUCACAGGUUGGCUUUUAGCAUUUACCUGGGUGGGCGGCAGUAUUUCAGAUUAUAUGUGUGUGUGUGUGAGAGAGAAAGAGAAAAAAAAUGGUUAACAUAUUUAUAUUCCUAACAAAAUUUUUAACAAUUGCUUUUAUGUUGAUGUAGUGAGUAAGCUAUUUGAUCAUGUCUAAUUAUUUCAACACUAGUUUGUCAUAACAAAUAUUUUUGUGCUUUUGUUGCUAAAUUUCUCACCUUAAAAUUUGUGCAUGUAGGUAUUUGGGAGCUUUUUCAGAUGAAGUCGUGAUGAGUAUUUGCAUCUGGUGUGGGUUUCUAAAUGCUUCCUUUAAAUUUUUCUGUAUCUUCGGUUUUAUUUGAGAAAGUUUUAAGACAGAUUAUGUCUUCUACAGCUUAUUAUGAGAAAGUUUAUGUCUUUUACAGCUUGUUUAACCAUCAAAUAUUGUUCCUCUUGUGAUUUUUGUUGUACUUCAUUUUUAAAUACUUGUGCAAUCAAUAAAAAUUGGUCACCUCUCAAAUGCCCCACUUCCAAUAUGCUUUGCAUUGAAUGCAAUAUUGCACCAGAAGGAAAUGUUUUAAUCUUUCAUCACUGAUAUUUAUUUACAUUGUAAGUUUAUUUUUUUGCCUCAGUUGAGAAAGGUGUAUAGUCAGGGGAGAGAGGAGGGGCGCAGUAAUUUGGUGGUGUGAGAACUGGACUUCACAUGGUUGACGGUUGGUUCCCUGCUUACCCAGCUUACCUGUGCCUGUGACCCUAAAUUCCUUCACCCCUUAGCCUUCCUACUCAGUGGGAUUUGUCAGUGGGUAAAAGGAGAGGGUUGAGCUCCCCCUUCCACCAGCCAUGCCUUAGACACAGUGAAUAUUUUGGAUUCACUGCCCCUUAGGCCACUAGACUCUUUACCUGAACUCUAUAUACCUGUUAAUGUAAGUUUUUAUUGGAUUGUAUUCCUCUAAAUAACUAAAGGAAAUUGUACACACUAUGUAAGUGUUCUUUGUCUUGUAAACUAGGUGCAUAUUUUAUUUAUAUGAGCAUUUCUUCAGCAAAGUUAACAUUGUUUUUGUUCGAACUCUUGUACGCUACUUCUACUUAACAAGUAUUUUCUUGAACACUUGCAUACUAUUACCCAAUGUUUUUCUUCAUUUAUAAUUUUGCAACUUAAAUAUGUGUAUAUCUUAUAUUACUUGAGCUCUUGAACACAAUUUAGACAAGUUUUUGAAAUUUGACUUUUGUGCAGUAGAAACAUAGUUUGUUUUACACAAAUAUUUGCCCUACUUUUAAGUAGCGUUUUUGCUCAGCUGUGAUUAUUCUUGUUCUGGUCAGUCAUGAUUCAUCAUCGAUCAUUCCAUCACCAUGAUGAUCAUUAUCUCUAACAAUGGUAUGAUCCUGUGAACUAUCCACGGCAGACAUGGCUAUUUGGAUAAAAAAUGCACUUGACACAUCAUGGCAACCGCUGCAAUACAGCAUUGAGUGAGACCUGCUGCUGGUACCAGAAAAGUUCACUUCAGCUUUAACCGUCGCUCCGAUGCUAGAGGAUUGAGUUUGUUGUAAAGUAGAUAAACUACGAAAACUACUCCCUCAGCUUGUGUCUACAUUCUGCACCUUCCUCAGCAAAAGCACCCCUGAUAACCACGCAACAGGCACAUGGGUUCUCAUCGGAGACAAAAAAUAAGAAAAAAAGAAAAAUGUAUUUUCUGUGAACUCAUCUGAUCUUCCUUUCUUCGUCUCAGACUGUCUCGGUGUGGGUGUAACCAUCUGGGGAAAAACCCCCACGAGACAACCUUAAUGAUUAAAUGAAACAUGCGGAUGAAUAUCAAACUGAAUCUUAAGCGGGGGUUAGCACCGUCACGUGACGGUCUUGCAAGAUCAACUUUUUAAUCAUUGGUCGGAUGCAGUGGCGUUUUGCGAUGGAUCAGCAUCACCCCACCCACUCAGCUUCUCUGCUGCCGCUGACAUCGUGCUAUCCAGGACGACUGUCUAUAACCAAAUGGAAAUAAUACAAGUUUACGCUAGUAACAGAUGCUACAGCAGCAAAUAUAUUCCUGUAACCACUUUAUAUUAGCUAUAGAAAUCAGGUGACCAAGUAAGCAAAGCGCAUAGGUACAACAGCUGAUGAUCGAGAAGAUGGUGGACGUUUAUUCAGGUUCAUUAAUGAUCAAAAUCAUCGUGACAGCUGGAUGAUGUUUAGAGUCUUUUUAACUGGUCACAUCUUCGUUAAUUUUGCUGCGACGAGCGAAGCCCGUCAAAGCGAGUGCAGCACCAUUAUCACACAAGCAGGUUCCAAAAUACUUCGUCUUUGGGUCGUCAUUUGGUUAUAGGCUUCUCUGUUCUUUAACGGAGGAUUCGGCAGAGCGGUUCUCAAAAGCUGACCAAGAUGUGAACGGUUAAGAAGACUCCCCCUCCAUUUUUUGUUUGUUUUUUUUUUGAAGUCAGUUGUCUGACCUCAGCACAGUUUAAAUGGGGAAGACAUGAAAAUCAGUUUGAUGAACGUUUGUGCGCCAGUCACUGUAUAAUCGGACUAUCGAGUCUUAAUUUUAUAUCGAGUUUUAAUUUUUAAUCUGGUAUGUACGCGGACUCAACAAGAGUGCAUGUCGGGACCUAAACAUUACCUGACAUUAUUGUUUUCUCGGCCUCAUGGGUCGUGGUCAUUCUAGCGCCUUCUCCACGCGCCUACCGUGCUAUUAACUGAUGGGUCGCAGUCAUGUAAAAUGUGUUUCCUCCAGUUACCUGAACUUCUUGUGUGUGUGAAGGGCCUUCUUAACAAAGCACAUUAUUCAAUGUGUGACCAUGCCAUGUUUGGCUAUUUUGUUUUUGUUUUGUUUUGCGGCAGUCAUAAAAAUAUUGACAAAGUUAACAUAUUCGACAAUGUAUUCGGUUAAGAAAGCCAGUAAAAGGGCAAUAUACAUCAUCAACAUUUCUGCUGAAUUUCCUCAGUGUCUGUCGGUAUAUUUUUUGGUAUUAUUUGAUGCAUUAAAGACGCAUUUAACCA